UUAGAAAAUUGAGAAGGAUCACGGCGGGUGCCUCGGGUGUUUUGUCAGCCGCGUGUCCCCGCGGGGUGUGAAGUGAGACGGUGGCCACGGCGUCCUGGAAACCUUAUAGCAGGGACUAAUGGGCCGGUCCCAGCUGCAGACCUGGGACUCCAACAGAGCUGAGGUGGUGAAAUAUCAGAAGAGCUCUUUUUACAGUGGCCCGCUCAGAUAGCAAGAGCCUGCGGGCACUGCGGAAGCACUGAGUAACAAACCUGUACAGUCAGGGAUGGAGGAGAGUCGCACAUAGAGCCGGGGAGCCAAAUGAGGAUGUAGGGAAGGCAAUCAAGAAGUCUCAGCAUCCUGGGGCCUGAGGAUUACUGUGCAGGAUGUGCAUGUUGAUGCAAGUCCACUCUUCCGGCAUGAUACGAGUGGGAGAGCAGGGCUGAAGCAAGGAUCGGGCCUUGUUAUUAGAUUUUGGUCUGGACUGGGGACGCUCCGUACCACAGCAGGUGGUGUGGCUCUGCCUGAUACGUGAGUAGGGGUACUAAAAAGUAGAUGACGGGGACUGAGUGGGAGGGAGACAGGCGUACAAGGAGGGACAACCAGGCUUAAGUGGAGGCUGAGGGAUUUUUUUUUUUUUUUUUUUUUGUUCUCCACUGAUCUGCUCCGGCACGGCCAGAGCUGGCAGAGAUGAGUCAGAGGAAGCUGACACGACAGCUAAGGUUGUGGGAGAGUCCCGAGGGUCCCACGUCCACGUCCACCGCACCCUCCCUCACCUCACCUGUGUCGCCCGAUCAGUGUCGGGGGCACGGGGGCUCCGCUCUGUUCCGCCGUAUGAAACUGAACCGCAGCAUUCAGGAGCGCAGACGCUCGUCACAUUGUAGUUACAGCUUUGAUUCAGAGAAUGGUCCUUCGCCAGGCCGCAGUCCCAUGGAUUCGCAGGCGAGUCCUGGGUUGGUGCUCCACCCAUCCUUCCCCCAGAACCAGCGCAGGGAGUCCUUCCUGUACCGCUCAGACUCAGACUACGACAUGUCCCCCAAAACUAUGUCACGCAACUCCUCCAUCAACAGUGAGGGGCACGCUGAAGACAUGAUCGUCACCCCUUUCGCUCAGGUGUUGGCCAGCCUACGAACUGUAAGAAGCAACUUCACCAUCCUCGCCAAUGUCACAACACCCACUAACAAGAGGUCACCAAUGACAAGCCAACCCACUGUUCCCCAGGCUACACUCUCUGAGGAGACAUACCAGCAGAUGGCUCGGGAGACUCUGGAGGAGCUGGACUGGUGUCUGGACCAGCUGGAGACCAUACAGACCCACCGCUCUGUCAGUGAGAUGGCCUCCAACAAGUUCAAGAGGAUGUUGAACCGGGAGCUGUCCCAUUUGUCUGAGAUGAGUCGCUCAGGGAACCAGGUGUCAGAAUACAUCUCCACAACCUUCCUAGAUAAACAGAAUGAGGUGGAGAUCCCAUCACCGACCUUGAGGGAGAGGGAGAAGCCCAUGUGUCACAUCAGUGGCGUGAAGAAGCUCACACACAGCUCCAGCCUUUCCAACUCCACCAUGCCUCGCUUCGGCGUGAAGACUGAGCAGGAGGAUGCAUUAGCCAGGGAGCUGGACGACUUGAACAAGUGGGGCCUUAAUAUCUUUCGUGUGGCGGAGUUCUCUAAUAACCGACCCCUCAGCUGCAUCAUGUUUGCCAUCUUCCAGGAAAGGGAUCUACUGAAGACCUUUCGGAUCCCCGUGGAUACCUUUGUCACCUAUGUGAUGACCCUGGAGGACCACUACCAUGCCAAUGUGGCCUACCACAACAGCCUCCAUGCCGCAGAUGUCACACAGUCUACUCACGUACUGCUGUCCACACCAGCUCUAGAUGCUGUAUUCACUGAUCUAGAGAUACUAGCUGCUCUGUUUGCUGCUGCCAUCCACGAUGUGGACCACCCAGGAGUGUCCAACCAGUUCCUUAUCAACACUAACUCAGAGCUAGCCCUGAUGUAUAAUGAUGAGUCUGUGUUGGAGAACCACCACCUGGCUGUGGGCUUCAAGCUGCUUCAUGAGGAGAACUGCGACAUCUUUCAGAACCUGAGCAAGAGACAGAGGCAGAGCCUGAGGAAGCUUGUUAUUGAUAUGGUUUUGGCAACAGAUAUGUCUAAACACAUGAGUUUGCUGGCAGACCUUAAGACUAUGGUGGAAACCAAGAAGGUGACAAGUUCUGGAGUGCUGCUGCUCGACCACUACACUGACCGGAUACAGGUGUUGAGGAACAUGGUGCACUGUGCUGACCUGAGCAACCCAACUAAGCCCCUUGCGGUCUAUCGCCAAUGGACGGAGAGGAUCAUGGAGGAGUUCUUCAGGCAGGGAGACAAGGAGAGAGAGCGAGGGAUGGAGAUCAGUCCCAUGUGCGAUAAACACACUGCAUCUGUUGAAAAAAGUCAGGUGGGCUUUAUUGACUACAUCGUCCACCCUUUGUGGGAGACAUGGGGGGACCUGGUGCACCCAGACGCCCAGGACAUCCUGGACACUCUGGAGGACAACAGGGACUGGUAUCAGAGUACCAUUCCACAAAGUCCCUCGCCACCUCCUGUGGGUCAGGAGAAGGACCUGAGCACCUGCAUUGAUAAGUUCCAGUUUGAGCUGACGCUGGAGGACAACACUCAGAGAGAACAGGGGCGGGGAGAGGAGGACGACAGGCCGACCCCAAACCAUGUGGCACAGGACUGCAGUCAGGCAGAGGAGGAAGAGAAAAAGGAGGAGGAGGAAGAAGGCAUGGCAGAGGAGGAAAAUGAGGACAUAAUAGAAGAGGAGGGAGAGAUGGCAAUGGAGGAGGAGGAGGUGGAGGAGGAGCAAGAAGAUGAGCUGAAGGCUCAUUUGGAAGCGAGAUCUGCAAAGGAGAGACUUCGUGACACAAGUCCUGUAGAGGAAGAGGAGGAGUUGGAUUCUUCCUCACCAGCUGAAGAUACAUGAGUUCUGCUCCUGUAUCUCCCUCCUCACUUGCACACAUUCUCUUGUUCAUCCUUUCGAUGGCCAAACCAAGAACAAAUAAGACUGCAGUGACAAUACAGACCUUUAAAUAUAUUUUUCAAAAAGGGAAUAAAGUAAAUUACACAGCAACUGUAGAUUUGGAGUGGCGACGAGUCCUUCUGGCUAAUUUCACAAGGAACUUUAGACUCAGAGGAACACAGGAGAGCAUUAACGAUGGGCAACGGAAGACAGCGUAGCACUCUGGAAAUGGAAUGCACACACACAAACACUCAUGAAGUGACACAGGAACACAUGCAGGCUCACUGCUGAUAAACAUGCACUCUUACCAACUUAAAUAAUCAUGCAGAGAACAAGUGAGUCAUGUAGAGUACACUCAUAUAAUGUGUGUACACUCUUGCAUCCACAUGCACUUGUGUAAUAUACAUGCAAUCCAUGUACACGCUGUCGUUUCUUGCACACACACACAUACACACACACAAGCACACACACACAUACAUACAUACACACACACACACUUGUUACCACACUUCACUGUGUGUUUGUAUGUGUGCAUACAAAUGAGGGACAUGGAUAAGAAAUGAAUCUCUUUGGAAAAAGCCAUCUCUUAAUGGAGUAUUAACAAGUGUCAGUCAGUAUUAGUAAUUCAUGUUUGUUAGAAUUUCAGUGGAAACUGUUCUCCUCAGAAAAGCUAUACUUCUAAGUGACUUUUUUUUUCCAUUUCUGUCGGAAAGAAAAAUAUGAAUAGCCCCAGAGUUGGAGGAGGAGAGAGGAAAACGCUGAAGGAGAGGAAGAUGCUGCGAUGAAGGGACCACUGAGUCCCGUAUCCCUUUUCCCUUUACGAGGAGUGCUACUGGUGCAAGAUGGCUCUGUGCCUUUCUGAAACACCAGCUUCCUGAACGGAGCUGUCGUGAAGCAAUGCAUUGUGGGACAGGAGUGUCUGAUUUUGUUAUCAUUUUUGAUUGUCUCUUGUUAAAGAUCUAUCUUUACUGUUCAUGGUAUCGUGGUGUGUAUCUCACACGUACAGUUUCUGUGGUGAUAUGUUUUAAGCUGUAAGUCUUCCUUUGUUGCUCUUCUGGUAAUAUAAUAACUCAGAACUUUAGAUACGGAGCAAUCACUACCACCACCACAACCACCAGUGGACUCUUUCCAGCUUAUGGUUUUUCUUAUUAGAAUGAUUUUUUAACUUUCUGAGAAUAAGCCAUGAGAUGCUUUGAAGCAUAUGUUUUGCCUAUUUUCUAUUUACCACAGUUGCUAAAUAUGUUGAAGGGUUAUAGAAUAAUUUCAUCAGCAGAACAAAUUUUCACACGCCAUCUCACACCCACUUGCAUUGUGUGUUUAUGUCUCCUCAUAACACAACAGUUCUCACCAAAGCAAAGGAUGAGAAACUUCAAUGGAUGAAGUGAUUUGAAGGAACGGAGACGUGAGAGGAAAAUGAAAAUCAGGGAGGCAGAAUGUCAGGGGAAGGAAGCGUGACUUGGCCCAAAGGAGGUCUGGCAGUCCCUAAUCAUCCUUGUUAUGUUUGAUGCUUUUUUGCCUUAAUGUCAGAUGCAGGAUACAUACCUGCCAGUAUGUAGAUUUAUAUGCUAUAUAAUAGAUAUCCUAGUAUAUUUAUAUCAUGUCUGUAUGCUUUCUGUGAGUAUUGGUGUGUCUAUACACAAUGUAUCCAGCAUUUGCAUUUGGAAGGGAAAGGGAAACAUUGCUGCCAAUUAGUCAUUAUGUUGCUGCAGUGCUCUGGCCAACAUAAAGAAUGUCUUGUUUUUAAUCAGGAAGGUACAGUGACUAUCUUUAUAGCUACCUUGAGGCACGCAGGUGAAAUAAACAACUGACAUACAGAUAAUACAGGCAGUGUGGAUGAAUAUUUUCUCUAAGGUUGCUUUUUCGUUUGAAACUGACUAGGUGUUGGCUUGUGCGCACGCGUGUUUUGUGUGUUUGUGUGUGUACGUGCAUGACUGUGCGGUCGUGAGUGAGUAAGAGAGUGAGUAAGUGAGGGCAGGGUGAUAAAGAUGUUGUCACGUAUGUGUCAUUGUUCACUCACUAGCAUCGCCAUCUCUCGCUGAAUGGUGUUCAGGAUUUGAUCAGCACAGCUUAAAUAGGUUACCUUUUGUUUAGGUAUUUUUUUCCACAGGGUAAAAAAAAAAAAAAAAAGAACGUGAGCGUGGUUCUUUUGAAGGUACGAGCUAGUUUCUGCAGGUCAGUAACUGAGCUUCUAUGAGGACACCUCUGCUUGGUGCAUCAGGCGCCUGUGUGUUUGACCUGCUCUGUCGCUGGAUGGAGCAGAGCUGCUGGGCCGCCACACAGGCUUUCUUCUGGUGGAAUGGGAAUCCAAGAUUACUAUUGCAGUUACCUAAAUACAAGAUUCCCAUAUGCAUCGGCCUUUUACUUUAAAGAUGUUGAUUUGUUUUUGUGGCUUCUUGUUAUGUCAUAAGCUAUAAAAACAUUAAUAUUUAAUUGCCAUACAAACACAAUACUGUAGCAAUUGUUUCUUAUUAAGAAAUUAUUCAAUUGAUUGAUUGCUGCCAUUCUUUUUAAAUGAUGAAAAGAAAACAAUGGGGUGUCUCUCAAGUGUUUUCUUUAAACAGUUUGUGUACAGUUUAUUUUUGUAUCAUUCUGGUGGACGGUCUGGAAAUUGAAUCACGUAUUGAUGAUAUAGCUAUAAGCAUUAUCACCCUUGUAUAUAAUGUAAAAUUGGAUUGUAAAUUAUAGAUUUAUUCAAGUCAUAAUGAUUGACAAAUAACCACUUAAGGUUGUUAAGUGAACCACAGAAGCACUGCAGGCUACAUCCUCACCUUUUCAUUAUCCUGUUGCGUUUUCACUCACUUGUGCGAACAUCCUGUCACAUUUUUAACUGUGCACAUUUAUCAUGAAAAUUAAAGAUAUUUGUAUGAGCACUUUAUUUCGGCAGGUAUUGAGGCAGACAAUGUGUUUCAGGUAGUGUACACUCUGUGCUGGAGGUUUGGUCACUGGCAGUCACCUAUUGAUUACAUUCCAUUGGGCCAAAUCCCAAACAUUCAUUGUGCAGUACUAAUCAUUCUCACCCCUAUUUCUAGAGAUAUAAUUGAACAAACUAGUCAUUCUCUAAUAAUAUUACAUGUGAGAGUGAAGUUUUUGACUGGUAAAGUCAAAUAUAAGUGGAUUAAGUCACAUAGAAUGUGACUCAAUGAGAAGAAACAACCAACACAUGUCCUUUGAUAAUGUGGCCAUUUCUAGAACGAUCUCCACCUCUAUUUCUUAGUAACUUUUAUCACUAUCCUGAUAGCUUAAACGUCAGUCCCAUGGUGGCCUAACUCGCUGGUUCCCACUGGGGUUGCCAUCAGGUCACUUUGUCACAGACUGACUCCCUCUGAGAAUAAUUCUCUGGGCUUUAAUUCAUGUGUUUGUUCACAAGUUAAAAAGAUUACACACGUGGGGAGAAAAGAAAAGAAAAAAAAAAAAACACCAUGAAAUGAUUGUAAUAUUUGUAAAUGAUCUUGCUGUAAUGUGUAAAAUGUGUC